AUGCAGAUCCUACUAAGUUGUACUUUCAAAAACCAAUGUCAACAGUUUCUUGGGAUAAUUGGGGCUAUGAACAACCCUCCCAACUUCCCCGAGCCUACCUAUCCCUCUCAGAGCUCCCAGCACGAUGCUAUCUAUCUGUGCCGAGGCAUGAACUAUGAGGACGGUAAGGCAGUACUCCGCAUCGUGAUUGGGCGGAACUCAUGGCAGUCUGCACGCCGGCCAGUCCAAGCACCCACAGAAUUUGCUUCUUUGAACAUCGCUAACACGUGUAGGGUGUCGGAAGUGCACCUACCGCGACCUCGCAUCCAAUCUGUCACUGUACUUUAUCGCCCCCGCACGGCCCGCGUUCAAUUUCUGUAUCUGAGAGAUUUGAUGCAUCCUAUUCAGUUCGUGAACAAGAUGUCAGGCACCGCGUGGAUUACAAUUCAGGAUCUCCUGGACGGGAAGACAGCAGACAUUCUUGUAGGACCGGAACUUUUGGUCAGAUGUCUUGUUCAAAACAAACUUACCUUGCGCUUGAACUGGCGAGGGUGCAAGCCAUGGAAUGAUCAAUUCUGGACGAGAACCUACAGUCAAGAUCCCAAGCCAAUUACACUUGGCAAGCUCGGCGAGCGCAUCGCGGCCGCGGUGCGAAAGUUCAAACAGAAUUUCAAGAUUGCUGAGGAUUCGGCCGACAGGCUGGCUCAUACCUACCCCUCUGCAGCCGAACUCCACCGAGUCGUGCUCAUCGGGUUCAUUCGUGUAUCACGAGGGAGCUGGCAACCCGAUCUGAGAGUCUUGGUUUGA